AUGACUACAAAUGAGCACAAGGAAAUCCAUCUGGUUGUUUGCCAGCAUGGACUGUGGGGCGUGCCAACGCACUUUAAUGUCUUGCUCAAGCAUAUGGAGGACGUGCAUGGUGAUACUGAAGUGAGAAUACUGAAUUCGAAUAUCAGCCAGGGGUUUCAGACAUAUGCCGGAAUUGAUCUAAUCGGAGACAAACUAAUUGAAUUGAUCCACGAAACAAUCGCCACGAUGAAAAAGAAGGAUCAAACUGUAACCAGGAUAUCAUUCAUCGGGUACUCAUUAGGUGGCCUUGUCAUGAGAUACACGAUAGGCAAGCUCUACACCACCCACUUCUUUGACACAAUUCAGCCAAUCAACUUUGUGACCAUCGCGACGCCACAUCUCGGCAUCCGUAAAAAGGGAAACCAGACCAUUGAAAAAAUAUUUAAUUCCCUGGCCUCAGCACUGACGUCUCGAUCUGGUAGUCAAAUGGCAUUAGAGGAUGUAUAUCUGAAUGGACUACCGCUGCUAGUCGUUAUGGCGAUGCCGAACUCGCCGUUUUACAAAGCAUUGGGAUUGUUUAAAAGACGACAGGCCUUUGCUAAUAUCAAGUCGGACAGGACUGUGCCGUAUACUACUGCCUCGUUUAAAGAGAGUAAUCCGUACCAUAGAUGGGUGCCUAUGAAGGGGUAUGGAGAUGAGUAUCCAAGUUUGGUGAAACCGUCGACUGUGCCGUAUACGCAGCUGCCUAUGACGACGAGGGGGAAAGUUACGUUCAGUAUCUUUAUUAUACUGAGCCCGAUUCUGGUUCCGUUAUGGCUUGCGGUGGCUUUACCGACUCUUGCUGGUUGGAGCGCAUACUACCAUAUAACCACCAAACCAACCGAGACUGAAUGGGUGUGGAGUGACAAGGACUUACAAUUCCACGCAUCGUCAAACCCGGAGCUACUAAAAACAUCAGCACCAGCUCAACGUGCUUAUAUAAUAGAACAGCUCAACACGCUACCAUGGGAUAAAGUUGAUGUCAUGACUGAGCGUAGCCAUUCUCAUGCCGCUAUAAUUGUUAGGAAUGGAAAGGAUGGAUCGUACGAUGUGACGAAAUAUUUAGUUGAUACGUUCGCUAGGAUCUAG